AUGCUAGCCAAGACCAUCCUGUUGCUGGCCUCCCUGGCUCUCGUCUCCGCCGCUCCGGCUAAGAGACAAGCCGGCUGCGUCUCGAAACCCGCAGCUCCGACCCUCCCCGUCAAUGGCAAUGGCGUCGAACUCCCGGCACCACCAGCAGAUCUGGUCCUCAAACACAUCGCCCUAGGCCACGGCAUCCAAAACUACACCUGCACCUCCGUCAACGCAACAUCCAUCACCGCGACAGCAACCGGCGCCCUCGCAGGCCUCUACGACGCCCAACCCCUCUACCCCAACGUCGGCGCCGCAUCCCUCUCCUCGGUCGACGUCUUCAACGGCCUCACCACCAACGCCGUCUGGUCCACCCCGCUGCCCUUGACCUCGGAUGGUACUUCCAAAUUCGGCGCCUCGGCAACGACGCCCUUCCCGCCCCCCGCCGACCUCGUCAUGCCCGGCAUUGCACCCAUGAAGCAGCUCGGCGUCCACUUCUUCGACAACACGGGCGUGCCCACGUUCAAGCUCGGCGAGUAUUUAUUGAGGGGCGCAAAGCUCAACGGCACAAAGGCGCCCGCGUCCGCUGACGCAGGCCCGGAGAAGACGGGCUCCGUCGACUGGCUCUACCUUGGCGACAAGGGCGGCAGCAAGGGCAUCUCGGCCGUCUACCGCGUCGUCACGGCCGGCGGCGCCGCGCACCAGUGCACCACCCCCGGCGCCACCGACAGCGUUCCGUAUGCAGCGUUCUACUGGUUCUACGGUCCCAAGGCAUGA